AAAUUUUUUUAAUAAAAGCUCACCACCUGGGCGCCAAUUGUGGAUUCAAUAUCAUACAAAUUACAGUUACUAAUCUUCAGGAGAUAAAAUACAAAUUCACAAAAAUAACAAACCAAAACACACAACCAUGGCACAGCCACAGCUUGUAAUAAAGAUUCAUGACGAACACGAACACGAACAUGAACACGAAACUAAUGAAUCGUCAAUAAAACGAAGUGAUGAUCAUAAUAAUGAGAGUGUUUCCUUCAAAUUUAAUGCUCAAGCGCCUGAAUUCGUGCCGAGAUCGCGUAAUCAGACGACGCAGAUGCCGAUUUCGGGUUAUUAUUAUCCGUGUUUUCAUUAUGUUGGUGGAAAUGGUGGGUCGGAUUGGUUCUUGGUUGGUGAUCAAGAUCCUCAUAAUGCUGCAGCAGCUGCUACUUAUUUGAUCUCUAAUCCGAAUGAUCCUGUUUCGCCGAAUUCUUCUAAUAAAUCGGUUAUUCUUACGGAUGAUCUUCGUCAAAAGAUUCUUAAACAGGUGGAAUAUCAAUUCAGUGACAUGAGUCUUCUUGCAAAUGAAUCCAUGUCAAAACACAUAAGUAAAGAUCCUGAAGGCUAUGUACCAAUAUCUGUUAUUGCCUCUACCAAGAAAAUGAAGUCCCUUGUUAAUAACAAUCAUUUGCUUGCUCAAGCACUUCAAUCCUCUUCAAAACUUGUUGUAAGUGAAGACAAUAAGAAAGUUAAACGUAAAAUUCCUUUUACUGAGAAAGACAGAGAAGAAUUGCAGUGUCGUACUGUUAUUGUGGAGAAUUUACCUGAAGAUCAUUCUCAUCAAAACCUUGAAAAAAUAUUCAGUGUUGUUGGAAGUGUAAGAACCGUCCGAAUAUGCCAUCCCCAAGAAUCCAAUUCGUCCCGUACUAAAACUGAUUUCCUGAUGAGCAACAAGCUACAUGCACUUGUCGAGUUUGACAGGCCAGAAACAGCAGAGAAAGCGGUCGACAAGUUGACUGACGAAAGGAAUUGGAGAAAAGGGCUUCGAGUUAGGGUUUUGGUUAGAUGCUCGCCAAAAUCUGUUCUGAAAAACAGAAAAUCUGAGUUUGAUGGCCUUUUGGAUGACGAAGAUAUAGCGAAUUCAGACUCAAAUGAUGAUUCUUCUCCAAUGAGCAACCCGGAAGCUGUUACAGAAAGCAAUGCUGACGAAAAUUCAGGUUCGUCGAAGAAAGGAUGGGCAAAAGGCCGAGCCAAGGGCAGAGGACGUGGUCUAAGCCAUGGCGGACGAGGACUGCUAGCUCAUUCGCCACAAACGGUUAGCUCUCCGCAAAGUGAAGCAUCGGCUAAACAUGCAUUUAAGGGUCCAAGAAUGCCAGAUGGAACCAGGGGUUUCUCCAUCGGUCGCGGCAAGCCUCUGAUUGGUUCUUCAGCUCUGACUACUUCAAUGGUGGAAUGAACGGAUAUUCAGGAGUUUGAUCAAUUAGUUGGUGUUGAAAAUUGGUUUUGGAGCCAAUGAAAACUUUUGUGGCAAGUUACAUGAUUAUAGGCAGUAUGUUCCUUAAUAAUUUAUAAUUGAGGUGUAUAGUAUAGUGUGUUUUGUGUAGGAAUUGUAAAUGUUCUUUUUGGUUGACAUUUUUGGAUGUAUUUCUUAUUCUGAAAUGCUUAAUUGCUACUGUAUUUGUUUAAAUUGAAUCUUUUUUUUUUGAAA